AAAGGAUAUUAUUCAACCAAACCAAAUCUAUUCAACUACUUCUUAAAUUGUCCAAAUUUCUGACAAAAACUCUUUCCAGGAAUAUAUAAUUAAUUUCAAAGAGAACCACUAUGGUGACAUAACACGAUGAUAUCAUAAAUGAAAGAAUUGUUAUAAGAACACGAUCCAAGUUUGUGACAAAGAUGGAAGAACAUAGACGAGUUGCGGACUAUUUCCUAAUCUGUGGAUUACCCCCGGAUCCUGAAAAUCAAUCUGUUCUAAACGAGAGUAGUUUAGAGGUUAAUCUUAAACCCAGUCAUAAUCAGGAGCCUAUCACGGAUAUAACAGUAAUAUUUCCUGGACUGGGUGAGAAUAUACCAGAUUACUAUCAGCUGCUAGAUACCACACCCUCAGGACUACCAGCAGAUCUUAAUCAUGGAUCAUUUAGGGCACCAGAGGCGUUUAUUUGUUUCCGCCGCGGCGUGGAUAAACCGCCGCUGGUUGAUCUUGGUGUACUGUAUGAAGGGCGGGAAACCCCUAAACCUGGAUUCCAGCUGGUUUAUACACCUAGGGGUCACACAGCCAACGUAAAUAAUUCCACCAGCUCUCCAACAUACAUAGUUUACAAGAGAGCUACUGAUAAAUCUCCCUGUAACGAACUGGUUAUAACAGAGCUGACUAUUAUUGUGACAAGUAAAGGAGAAGUUCCACCUCAUUCCUUCCUCAAGAUAGACAAGAACCUUAAUAAUAGUAUGAUAGGCAGCGCUGUAUAUCUCUGUUUCAAGAAAUCUUUAAACAGACCUGAACAUAUCUCGAUGCAUCCUGUUCUUCUUGACAGAUUUCCUCUCUCUAAUAAUCCUUCUUUUCCUCUUGAGCAUGCGAGGGUGUAUGGAAGCGUAAUCUCCUUCUAUGAAGAUUAUCCUGAAUCGAAACUGACUGACGCGCAGAAAACGCAGUUAAAGCUGGCCGAUUGGAAGAGCUCGUCUGAGCGCCGAGUUCUGGCUAAAAAGUGCAUGUGUUUCCUGUCGCGAUGGCCGUUUUUUGAGGCAUUUGAGAAAUUUCUUUUCUUCUUGUAUAAACGAGUUCUGAUGGGUCCUUACGAGAUACCGUUGGAGAGAUGGGAUGGGGUGGGGAUUGGAUCGGAUUGGAUGAGAAUGGGACGGGGUUUGAUUGAAUGGGAUGAGAUCCGAUUUAGUCCUGAACGACCCCGUAUCCUGGUUCAAUUAUCCAAGACUGAUAGGAUUGCUUUAUAUCAGGCACAAGAGCUUCCUCUUCCCAGAUCCGGAGCUAAGUUCCGUGAUUUAAUCUCUACUCUCGGUCCUGAUAACUCCGCCCUACUCCUUCUACUAGCACUCACAGAACAGAAGAUCCUUAUUCAUUCUCUCAGAUCUAAUCUACUGACUGCUGUAGCUGAAGCUAUGAUGCAGAUAAUAUUUCCGUUUACCUGGCAGUGCCCCUACAUACCCCUGUGUCCGGUUGGGAAAUCUGAUUUUAUCUCAGCUCCCUUUCCAUUCGUCAUAGGUUUAGAUACCAGAUUCUUUGAUCUGUAUGAGCUUCCGUCCGACGUGAACGCUGUGGACUUGGACACUAACACGAUCAGCCUCAGCGACACCGCGAAGAAGCUCGAGCUCGGGCUGAAUAUUCUGCCCAGGAAACCUGCCAGGAUACUGAGGAACACUCUAGUUAUACUUGAGGAUAAGUGCCACCAGUACAGUAGAUUAGCCCAAGAGCUGGAGAUGACGAGUGACGACGGAGAACUUGAUUUUGAAUUUAAGCUCCGGGAGAAGGAACUGGAUUUAGAAUUAGAAAUUCAAGAAGCUUUUCUUCACUUCAUGGCUGGUGUAUUGGGAGGCUACAGACAGCAUCUGUUACCAAUUACCAGAGCUCCGACAGCGGGGGUAACAGAUGUUAGGAAUUUGUUUGAUAGAGACAAUUUUAUCAAAUCAAGAGAUAAACAAUUCCAUCCUUUCUACGAUCAUCUGAUGAACACGCAGCUCUUUACAAAGUUUAUUGAAGAAUGCAGUUUUGUAUCUGACGUCAAUCAGAGCUUGGCUUUCUUUGAUGAGUGUGUUGACAGAUUGAGUCGAGGUGAGGAUGGUCGUCUCCUAGACUGGGAGGGAGUACAGAGUGAUACAACAAUAUAUAUUCUACCCCCAGACUCUACAGAUCUUCCACCAGGAGUUGAGUACAAGUAUUCUACCCUGGACAAACUUGAUCACAGUUUGUUCCUUUCUCCUUCUCCGGAACCCGAUCACGUCGGAGGAUCAGGUUCAGCACCCGGAGCCGGAGGAGAUGAUACAUUUUCUAGUAAUCCGAACCCGUUCCAAACUCCGUCCAGCGUUGCUAAACGUACUAAACAGGAAAUCCGAUCUGCAGUACGUGUAGCCCAGAAGCAUGCCGAGGUACCCCUGCUGUGGUCCAAGUGUAUGCUUGCUACCUCCUACUCUCUAUGGUACCUAACCCUGCCUGCCAUGGUUCUAAAGGCUGAAGGAUCUAUCUCUACUCUACGGAGCGGAUACAGUAUCAUUCAGAGGAUGCAGAGGCUCCGUCUUCACCCUGUAGAUGAGAUCUGUUACAGGGUGAUGAUGCAACUCUGUGGUAUAUACAGUCAACCCGUCCUAGCAGUCAAACUUCUUUUCGAGAUGAAAAGAUGUGGCGUGCAUCCUAACGCAGUAACCUAUGGUUACUACAACAAGGCUGUGCUGGAGAGUGAGUGGCCCCAGGGAAUCGCAAAUAGUUCACAACUUCAUUGGAACAAACUCAGAAAUGUUUUGACCGCAGUUUGGUUGUUUAAACAGUCUGGGAAGUCGUUUCGUAAACUGGAGGAAUCUGUAUCACAGCUAAGUCUAGACAGCCAGGAUACAGCUCCUACAGCGGAUAAUGUUGAUACUGGAGAGAAGGAGAAGAAGGAGGGGGCGGGGAAUAUUGAUCCCGCCUCUUCUCAAGAGCUGGACAACAACGGUCAACUGAACACAAUAGCCAGUGAGGACAAGCUGACUAGAACUAUGACAAGAUCCCGGAGUUUGAGUAUAGUUAAACCUCCCCAACCUAAGGAAGACGAGGAAAAAGAAGAAAUAGAACCAUUACUGGAACAGGAGGAGGAAGAGGAGAAGGGAAGAGAGGAGAAGGAAGGAGGGGAAGGAGACUCAAAACCUCAGCUUGUCAGAUAUACAGAUAUUAGGAAUAAAUUUCCCAACCUUAUAAAAAGUGGUGCUGCUAAAUCCUUGUUUAAACCGGAUGAGAAGGAAGGUGGGGAUGAGAAGGAUGAGGAGGAAGAUGAAGGAUUGGUAAUGAAGAGUAUGGAUGAAGAUGAUGUUGACGGAGGAGCAUCUUCUAAACAACAUUCUCCAGAUAAAGAGGAAGGGUUUAGCAGAACCAGUUUAUCUAAGGUUCCCGUCACACAAAAUGAUCCUUUAGGAGCUCUUACACAACCCACAGAAGACGAAUUUAGAACUCCAACCAGAGAUAAGGGGAGUGAGCUGACCCAUAGAUCGAUGUCAAUGUCUGAUGUACUGGGUGAACCCUUCAGAACUCCCACUAAUCAGAAUAUUCAAAAUAACAGUCAUAUGCAGAGAUCAUGUACAAUGCCUUUACGUGGAGAACUAGGGGCUUCUACAGGAGAGCUUAGAACUGGUAAUGGUAUUGUUGGUUCUCUAUCUAGUCUAGCAGGCUCAGGUCUCAAGUCUAUAGCAGGAAGUAAAGCUGCGAACCUUGGAUUGCGGAAAGGUAAGGCUCUGCUCUCUGGUUGGAUGAGCCCCCAGACCCAGGUCUCAACCAAGGACGCUCUCAACACAAUCAAAACCUGGUCAAAUUCUGCCGCUACAAACCUCAGCAAGAAGUAUGAAGAGAUGGUGUCCCCUGCUCCUGCUUCCACUUUAUCUGAACAGGAAGAGGAUAAGGUUUCUCAGAGCAGCACUGACAGUAGGAGAACAGGAGUAGAGCAGCAAACGUCAGAUAUUCAUCAGGAUACAUGGUAUAAUCUGGCAGAAGCACUAGGAAACUAUCUUUGGGGAGAAACUGUAAAGGUCCCCCAGCCCCAGACCAGGAGAGCAGCUGAUAUAACAGAACAGUUUGAAGCUCUCUACAGUAGAUCGAACCUAGAGGAGAAGGAUGGGAUAACUGCUAUAUCCGUCUAUAUUACUUCAACAUCAAGAUGCAUACAAUGUGGCUGCGUCCUGUUUGAUGAGGAGAUAAUGGCAGGUUGGACAGCUGAGGAUUCUAAUCUGAACACUGUCUGUUGUUGGUGUAAAAGUAGAACUGUACCCUCUCUCUCUAUUCAGGUGCUGGAUUACCGGGAGCAUUUAAAGGAUCCUCUAAAUCAGGCUGAACCCAAGAUAAAUUUCCCCAUCAGUAUACCGUAUAUUUCUCCCCUGGUGCUACGUAAAGAGCUUGAAUCCGUCUUACACAAGGAGGGUGAUGUUGCCCUGAUAGAUCCUGCGUGUCCAGAUCUGCAUCCAAUCCUGUUCUGGAACCUUCUUUACUUCUUCCAUAGGAUCGCCACACCCUCCCACCUACCUGACCUACUUCUAGACACACCUAGUCUAAACACUACGCCUAUACAUCCGUCCUGGGAUACGCCCGAACCAAAUCUUGUCAAGAUUGUGACUAAGUGGGAUAAUGUCGCUUUGUACAACAAGGAGAUUCCUCUUCAUGUACUUUGGAGACAAAGAAAUUGUCAGACGAACCCGUUGAGCCUGCACCCCUUGAUGCAGAGCAUCAUCUCUGGGGUGAAGGAGAACAACCUUCUCGACCCCUUCAAGGCGAUCCUGGCAGACAGAAAACGGAAAUUUGGACGCGUCGUCAGCGGUAGUGACGAUGGAAGUGCUGUUAAUGUCGAUACACCGACUAAAAGUGGAACAUUAACUUGUCAGUCGACUGAGGAAGGGACAGAGAUUGUGUCGAUUUAUCGACAAAUGCUUUUUGUGACGCUGGUCGCCCUCGGCCAAGAUAAUAUUGAUCUCACUGCCUUUGACAGGGAGUACAGACGGGCAUUCGAGAAACUUAACUCGAAGCAGCUUAGUCUAGUUCAUCCUAGUGAUUAUCCUCCAGGUAUGCGGGAGCUGUUCUGUAGAAAAUUAUUUCGAGAUCUUAGAAUUUAGAAUUCCAGUUCUUCAUCCAAUCCAUUCCAGUUCUUCAUCAAAUCCAUUCCAGUCCUUCAUCCAAUCCAUUUCAGUCCUUCAUAAAUCCAUUACAGUCCAACAUCCAAUCCAAUUCAGUCCUUCAUUAAUCCAAUCAAUUUCAAUGACGGUUUCUUCAAUUAAUCUGAUUAAAUCUUUAUCAAUGUUUGUUAAUCCAUUUUUUAUCGCAGUCAAUCCACACCUAGUCCAUGGUAUAUGAAUGCUACUCAAUUCUUCAUAUUUUUAAAACUUCUAUCAAAUUCAUAUUCAUAUUUUCUAAUUUGAUUCCGUCGUUAAAAUCGUUUUUCUCAAAAAGAAAAUUGUUACAUUUUUACCAGACCAUGCUGUCUUAUAGUUUUCAUAAUUUUGUUUUCAAAUUUAUAUCUUUUAACAUAUCCUAGUCGUUAAAACAAUUUUAUCACUUUCAAGAUUUACUUUUCUAUUAAUUAUUUACAUUGCCUAUUUCUCUGCGUGCAAAGGACCAACAUUUUUGGGUAAAAGAGGCCUUAGUUGUUUACAAUAUACAUUAUACAUUAUUUUUUACAAACAUGUACCGGGCUUAAAAUAGACAUAAAUAAUAAAUAAUAAAUAUUGCCUAAAGAAUAGUGUAAUUUUAAAUACACUUUCCCUUUAGAAGAGUGAUCAACAUUUUGCAGAUUUUAGUGCCAUAGUUCAAAACAGUUUGGGAUUCUUUAAUUUUUACUCACUGAUCGACCCACUUCUAGAUACUACUCGGCCACGCG